UGUUCCUUUCCAGUCUUUUCCUUUUCACUCGUUAACUCAGCAAUGGCGACAGGAACAUUGUACACAUACAAGGACAACUUCAGAGCGUACAAAAUAUUAAUUGCCUCGCAGUACAGUGGUACGAAAAUCACUGUGUCGCCCAAUUUUAAACUUGGCGAGACAAACAAGUCCAAAGACUUUCUUGAAAAGUUUCCACUUGGGAAGGUACCAGCUUUUGAAACAUCUGAUGGUACUUGUAUUUUCGAAAGCAACGCCAUUGCUAAAUAUGUAUCCAAUGGUCAGUUGAAGGGAAACAAUGAGAAGGAUUGUGCUUUGAUCCAACAGUUUGUGAGUUUUGCUGAUAACGAAAUCCUCCCUAGUGCAGCAACAUGGGUUUUUCCAACAUAUGGAAUAAUGCAGUACAACAAACAGGCAACUGAAAAAGCAAUUGAAGAGAUCAAGAAAUGUUUAGGUUACCUAAAUGGCCACCUGUUGACAAGAACAUUCCUUGUUGGAGAGCGGAUCACUUUAGCAGAUAUAACUGUUGCUUGCAAUUUGCUCAUGUUAUAUAAACAGGUAUUAGAACCUGAAUUUCGAUCACCUUACGGUAAUGUAAACAGAUGGUUUACCACCUUGAUCAAUCAACCAGAAUUCAGGAAUAUUAUUGGAAGUAUUGCUUUGUGCAAGAAAAUGGCAAAGUUUGAUGCUGCAAAAUAUGCUGAGUUGAAUCCAAAGAAGCAAAAAGAAAGCAAGUCUAAAGAGAACAAACCAGUAAAACAAAAGAAAGAAACACCGAAGAAAGAGAAAAAGGUGGAGGAAGAAGAAGAUGACCAUCUUGUUCCUAAGGAACCAAAGAAGAAUCCUUUUGCUGAUCUUCCUCAAACGAACUUUGACUUUGAUGCUUUUAAGCGAGAGUAUUCAAACAAGGACAUUGCAACGGUGGCAAUUCCAUACUUUUGGCAGCACUUUGAUAAAGAAAAUUGUUCUAUUUGGUUCUGUGAGUAUAAAUAUCCAGAAGAACUGAAAAGAAUAUUCAUGGCAUGUAACCUUGUAAGUGGAAUGUUGCAAAGAAUAGAUGGCUUACGCAAGAUUGGCUUUGCAUCUAUGAUCAUAUUUGGUGAAGACUACAAUAUUUCCAUAUCAGGAGUAUGGUUGUUUAAAGGUCAAAAACUUGGAUUUGACUUAUCAGAGGAUUUCCAAGUUGACUCACCAUCAUAUGAAUUUAGAAAGUUGAAUCCAGAUAAUGAGGAUGAUCGUAAACUAUUUAAUGAUUAUUUACUUGGGGAAGGGGAGUUUGGUGGUAAGGUAGUUAACCAAGACAAGGUCUUUAAAUGAAGCAAAGUAAUAAGAAUUGUAGUGAGGAGUUGAUACUAUAGGCAUCAAGCAUAAAUAAAAUUUAUUAUAAAA